AAUCAUAGUAAAAUAAAACAAAUACAAACUCUUACUCAUUACUCAAUUAAAAACGAAACGAAAUUAAUAUCAAUCGCCAAAUUUAUCUUAUUCAUGUACAAAAAAGCUGUAAUUUAAUUCAAGUUCAACACACUCCACUCAAACAAGACUGAGUUUGAGUGAAACUAUUUAAUUUUUUUUUUUGUAAAUAACAAUGUUCUUUGUUUAUAGUUUUGCGAAACAGCUGUUUUGAUAGACUUUUUUUUUUGAAUGAAAAUGCGAAAAGUGUGAUAAGAAAAUUGAAAAACUUUUGAAUAAGAUCAAUAAUCCGUUACAUUUUUAAUGGAAUAACUUUGAAGAGAUUUUGUAAUUCAGUGCAUUUAUCAGUAAAAAAAGACACAGGGUAAAGAACGUAAUUUCAUUUGAUGUCGAUCAUCAAUUGUAUCAAUAUCCACGUACCGUAAAGGAAGAAUCCAUGUACCAUGUCGAAUGAAAUCGAAACUCUGCCAGAGAUCUUAACAAAUGCCAUAAAUGCCCUUCACGACAGACGACAACCAAAUCAAUCCAACCCAAACACUGCCAAUGGAUUGAAUCAGACCAUCAAUGAUGUUCACAAAUGGCGAAACAUACUCUCAUUUUGGAUACUCGGACUCUGCAAUAAUUAUGGAUUUGUGGUGAUGCUUAGCGCUGCAUACGAUAUUAUCAAACGUUUUAAUGGAAUCUCGAUUGAUAAUGAUGUAUACACGGAUCCAUUGGCGUUGGCCGUAUCAAGAGAAUGUAUCAUUAUGUCAACCGGAGUUCUACUGUUAGCUGAUACAAUACCGUCAUUGAGUGUCAAUUUGGUGGCACCAUUUUUACCAUUUUAUAUUAGUGCGCGAAUGGUAUUGGUGUGUUUGUUGAGCGCAAGUGGUUUUAUUGUCGUUGCAUCAGCUCAAAACGAAUGGCAAGCAAUUGUUGGUAUAAUUUUAACGUCGUUCAGCGGCGGACUGGGUGAAAAUUCAAUGUUAGCGUACACUGCGAAAUUCAACAGAAGCGUUAUAUCGGCGUGGGCUUCGGGAACUGGCAUGGCAGGUGUAGGAGGUUCGUUGACUUAUGUAGCAUUACUUAAGAUUGGUUUCUCGCCGAAAGCGACAAUGCUAUUAAUGCUGAUCGUUCCAUUGAUUCAAUUGAUAAUGUUUUCCGUGGUUUUAAAAGAGCCAAAUCGAAGCAUUUUUUCGAUGUCUGGUGCAUCGUCGACCACAUCGCUUAUCGAUCAUUCGAUUAUCUAUGAAGAGAUUACAAUUGCACCACCACCAUUGACUUUCCAAGAAAAAAUUAAAUUUUUUCCAAAAAUGCUCAAGUAUGUCUUCCCUUUGUUCGCUGUUUAUCUCUGCGAGUAUUUAAUUAAUCAAGGUUUGUUGGAACUGAUAUAUUUUCCCCAUAUUUGGUUGAACCAUGAGGAACAAUAUCGAUGGCUACAGGUGGAUUAUCAAGUGGGCGUGUUCAUUUCGCGAUCAUCACUCAGUUUCUUCGAAACGAAUCAGAUAUGGAUUAUGUCGAUUCUUCAAUUUGUUAAUGUCAUCUACUUCACAUUGCAAGCGAUAUUUAUGACUGUGCCGUCGAUUUGGAUCAUUUUUAUAAUUGUUUUUUGGGAAGGCUUGCUCGGUGGCUGUUGUUAUGUCAAUACAUUUAAUCGCAUUUCAAAAGAGUUGCCCAUGCGGUACAAAGGCUUUGGCAUGGGAAUGACAACAAUCGGUCAAUCGUGCGGUGUGGUUCUGGCAGGCUUAUUGGCAAUACCAAUGCAUAAUAUUAUAUGUAAAAUGCCUGCACCCGUUGUUCUGAAUUAGUAAUAGCGAAAUGAAAAUGUGAUGAGAUUGGUGCUAUAUUUAUUUUUAUAGUGCAUGUAAAUUGUUAACUAUGUGUUUGAACAAAAAAAAGACUCGAAUAUUUUUGUCACAGAUGUUUUUUUCCAAAUAAACUGUAUAUUUACUUAUUUUUGUAUAGAUAUUUACAAAAUUCGUGAUUCAUGUCAAAAUUAUGAAAUUCAAUUACAAUCAAACUGUUUUUUAAAGUAAACAUGUUUACCGAGUA